AUGGCGGUGGCCCCCCCGCCUGAGGAGGGCACCGUGGCUGUCAUGGUGCGCGUGCGGCCCUCCGCACCCUGUGAGCGAGAGCGGGCCGCGCGCCCUGUCCUGCAUGUCGUUGACCAGCACAUCCUCAUCUUCGACCCUGAUGAGCGCGGUGGCCGCCCUGGCAGCGUGCUGCCUGUGCGUGGGCCAAAGCAUCAGGGCAAGGACCUGAAGUUUGUCUUCGACCGGGUUUUCGGGGAGGCAGCCACGCAGGAGGAGGUGUUCCAGCACACCACCCUUGAGAUGUUGGACAGCGUCCUCAAUGGCUACAACUGCUCUGUGUUUGCCUACGGUGCGACAGGAGCAGGAAAAACCUACACUAUGCUGGGCUCGGAGAAAAGCCCCGGCAUUAUGUACCUCACCAUGAUGGAGCUGUACAAGAGGAUUGAGGCCAGAAAGGAGGAGAAGAGCUGCGAGGUCCUUGUCUCCUACCAGGAGGUGUACAAUGAACAGAUUCACGACCUGCUGGAGCCCAAGGGCCCUCUGGCCAUCCGGGAGGAUCCCGAGAAGGGAGUCGUGGUUCAGGGUCUCUCCUUCCACCAGCCCGCAUCGGCAGAGCAGCUCCUGAAGAUGUUGGCCAAUGGCAACAAAAACCGGACUCAGCAUCCCACCGACGCCAAUGCCAGCUCCUCCCGCUCACACGCCAUCUUCCAGAUCUAUAUGAAGCAGCAGGACCGUGUUGGCGGCCUCACUCAGGAUCUGCAAGUAGCCAAGAUGAGCUUGGUCGACCUGGCAGGCUCAGAGCGAGCUUCAGUCGCCAACACCAAGGGAGAGCGGCUCCGGGAGGGUGCCAACAUCAACCGCUCACUGCUGGCCCUCAUCAAUGUCAUCAAUGCGCUGGCUGAUGCAAAGGGCAAGAAAACCCACAUCCCAUACCGGGACAGCAAGCUCACGCGCUUGCUGAAGGACUCCAUUGGUGGCAACUGCCGCACCAUCAUGAUUGCUGCUGUGAGUCCUUCUGCGCUGGCCUACGAGGACACCUACAACACGCUCAAGUAUGCCAACAGAGCCAAGGAGAUCAAGCUGUCGCUGAAGAGCAAUGUGCUCAGCUUCGACUGCCACAUCAGUAAAUACGCUGGGAUCUGUGAGCAGCUGCAAGCAGAGGUGGCACGUCUGCGGGCGAAGCUUCGUGCUUACGAGGAUGCUGCCCGGGAGGCAGAGAACCAGGCACCGGCGCCGCUGGCUGCCCUCACCUUGAGCCCAGUGGCGCUGCCCAGGUUGGAGGAAGUUGUUCCGAAGACGUGCUUGGCCCUGGGUGAUCAGAGGGAGAGUGAUGGAGAGCAGCAGGAGCUGGAAGUUGGAUGGCCUGUUCAGCUGCAGCUGGAGUCGGAGAAGGAGGCUCCAGAGAAAAUGCCUCCCAGCAGCCCCAGAGCAACCCACCAGACAGAUGGCCAGCUGGAGCCGAAGAAACCAAGCCACCUUCUACAGAGGUUGUCCAGCAGCCAGAGAGAGAUGCUUGUAGGCACUAUGCUGAGUGUUGUUCAAAAGCAGUAUUCCCUCCUGAAGGCUGCCAACCUCCUAACUCCUGACGUGGUCUCUGAAUUUGAGGAACUGGAGCGCCUGAUCCAUCAGGAGGCUGAUGUAAGCCUGGAGCAAGCCACAUCUCCAAACAGACCCACAGAGGUCAGUGGGGCCACUUCAGCCCAGAGUAUGCAGCAGGGCUGUGACGCAGAGCCAUCUGUCGCUGUGCCCAGUGCCCCUGUGACGAACGCUGCCCUGCAAUGCUUGCAGCAGCUCACUCCGCUCUCCAGUUCCACGCCGACAGCUCCCAGCCCGAUUAAGAGGAGGAGGAGGAGGUCUGAGAUGAAGAGCGCUACCCAGUCAGCAGCUCCCUGCAGCCUCAAAACGGGGAUGAAACGCCAGUGGAGAGGCGGGAAAGAAGCAGAGACCCCUAAGGCGACGCAGAGCCCAGGUACCUCCUGUCUCAAAGCAGCAGCCCAGGCACCCCCUGUCUCUCCGGUGCCAUCGUGUUGCACCCCCAAAAUCUGCCCCCUGACAGUCACCAAAAGCUGCAUGCCCCUGACAACGUCAGCUGCCCAAAACUGCUGCACCCUGCCUGCUUUGCCUGUCCACAACGUGAAUGAGACUUUCAAGAUCUGCGAGAAGAGCAGUUCACCCAGUGCAGCCAAGCCAGCUGCCUUCAGCCUGCCUGAAUUCCCUGUCUGGGAGAAUGCCCAGAGCGUAAACAAGCAGGAUGGCCCACUCAUGCCCAAAGCCUGCCUCCCAGUGUUUGCCAUGAGGGGUUCCUCCAUCCCUAAGCCCUCCUUGCUCUCCAAAGCAUCUGCACAGAAGCGGAGGCGAGUGGAGAGCGUUGCUUCUCCCUCCCUGGGUGGGCUUGCCAGCCGCAUCACCCAACUCCCGAGCAGCAGCUGGAGAUCUGCACAGCCCUCCCGCAUCCCAGAACAUCCUUUGGGUGCUCGCGCCAGGAAGGCCAGCAAGAGGACCACCGAAAAGCCUGUGGCACUCACAGCAACCCCCCUGCUGCCACCCCCAUGCCAAUGAAGCUCUUUAUGCUCAUGGCUCCAGGAUCCCUCCCAAAGUCCAAACCCAGUGCCAAACUUCUUUCUUUCUCUAGGAGCUCUAUCCUGUCCUUCCUGCAGUCCCACAAGCAUCCCCUCAAGCCCUUCUUCUACCCCUAAAGUCACCCCCAGCCAUCUCCUGCCUGGGGUCCCGGGCUUUGCGUGUUACCCCCCC